CAUAAAUCACUCUGCGGCUUCUGUUUUCUCAAUUUCUCCUAUAGAGCUUGAGAGAGAUGAAAGGGUGCGAGCUUUGUGGUAGAGCAGCGAGAAUGUACUGUGAGUCGGACUCGGCGAGUCUGUGCUGGGACUGCGAUGAGAAGGUUCACGGUGCGAAUUUUCUGGUGGCGAAGCAUUGCCGGACUCUGCUUUGUCAGGUCUGUCAAUCCUCCACUCCAUGGAAAGCCUCUGGAUCUAAGCUUGGCCAGGCGGUGUCAGUCUGCGAGAGCUGUAUUGUUAAUAAAAAUCGGCGAGAGCGAGAAGGUUCCAGUGAGGGAACUGGUGAGAGCCAGAGACCUAGCGAUCCUGAAUCGGCGGAUGAGGACGAUGAAACAGACGAAUCUGAUUUUGAUCACAGUGAUGAGGAGGACGAGGAGGAAGAGGAUGAAGACGGUGAGAAUCAGGUGGUACCGUGGUCCGAUGAAACGCCGCCGCCGCCUGCUGUAGUCAGUUCGUCGAGUAGUGAAGGGGAUAUUUCGAGCGGAUUUGUUGGAAAUGGUUCGGGAAUGAAGCGUAGAAGAGAUAAGACCGAUCUUGAUGCUGAAGAUGAGCUUGGGUAUUCAUCAUCUCAAGAAGGAUACGGUGGGGAAAGUGGUCAGUUGCAGUGUAAAUCGACGGCUAUAAUGAAGCGAAUUCGAAGAGAUGAGGUCACUGGCGGUGACAGUACGUCGGAGACGGUGGUCAGGAUCUGCGGCAUGAGCAGAGAUCAGGGCCGUUGAUUUCUGAGUUACUAACUCCAUUUUUUUUUUCAAUUACUAAUCUUGUGUUUGUCUCUAAUUAAUCCUAAUUUUUGUUGAAAAGGAUGUGUAAAUAACAACAAAAUUGUUAUAUAUCUUCCUCUUCAUCUUUGUAGUCUA